CCUCCUUGUUCCGGAAUCCAUUCCUUGGGGGUACUUUUGAGAACCGUUCGGGCAGACUUGUAAAAUUACCCCGCAGUCCACCCGCAUUCCUGUCACAAAUCAGUGCCUGCCAGUCUGCGUACACAGGGAGUUACAUCGCGACACCCGAAAGUCGACGUAACUCCAACCCCGGGCCACCAACUCAGAGAUACCUUGACAUCAACAAGAUGAUGAGGGCACAGCUCGAACAGAGGCAGCCUCGGCAACAUCCCGAGCCCGGUGCCACCGGCACCGGGAGUUCCACCUUCCCGGAGCUUCAGAACCGCGCCAGCGAGAGUGAUAGCCCCUACGUGCGCUGUCACGCCGAUACUCCGGUGGCAUGGCAAAUGCUUGACGCAGACACACUCACCCGGGCCACGGCUGAGAACAAGCCGAUAUUCAUGCACAUCGGCUUCCAGGCAGACCACCUUUGCCACCUCACAACCCAGGACUCCUUUUCGAACCCCUCGGUAGCAUCCUUCCUCAAUGCCUCAUUCAUUCCCAUCCUCAUCGACCGCGAAGAGCGCCCAGACCUCGACACCAUCUACCAAAACUACAGCGAGGCCGUCAACGCCACCGGCGGCUGGCCGCUCAACCUCUUCCUCACGCCCGACCUCUAUCCCAUCUUCGGCGGCACAUACUGGCCGGGCCCGGGCACAGAACACAGCGCCGCCGCCGCCGCCGCGGGGGGUAGCGGGACGGGGGGCAUAAGUGGCGCCGGGGAGGGGGAGGAGUCGUACAAUGACUUCCUUGCCAUUGCCAAAAAGAUCCACCAGUUCUGGGUUGAGCAGGAGGAGCGGUGCCGACGGGAGGCGUUCGAGAUGCUGCAUAAGCUGCAGGACUUCGCGCAGGAGGGGACCUUCGGCGCCGGCGCGACGAUCGAGGCCGCUGCUGGUGCUUCCGGUGCGGCGAAUGCUGCCCCGACAGUUAGCCCCGACUCUGGCGAUCUGGAUCUCGACCAGCUGGACGAGGCGCUCGGGAGGAUAUCGCGGAUGUUUGACCCAGUCGAGUACGGGUUCGGCACGCCCAAGUUUCCGAACCCGGCGCGCCUGUCGUUCUUGUUGAGGCUGGCGCAGUUCCCGGAGGAGGUGAGGGAUGUUAUUGGAGAGGAGGAAGCCGAGCGUGCGGUAGGGAUGGCAAUCGGGACGCUGAGGCGGAUUCGCGAUGGUGCCUUGAGGGACCACGUCGGGGGCGGCUUCAUGCGGUUCAGUGUGACAAACAACUGGAGCAUGCCGCAUUUUGAGAAGAUGGUUGGGGAGAAUGCGCUAUUACUAGGCGUGUUUCUUGAUGCGUGGUUGGGAUAUUCGCGGGGUGAUGGGAAGGAACUGUCGCUUGACGACGAGUUUGCGAAUGUUGUUUUGGAGGUGGCCGACUACCUCACCAGCACCCUGCUGCGCACGGCGAAUGGCGGGUUUGUGACCAGUGAGGCGUCCGAUUCCUUCUACCGAAAGGGCGACCGGCACAUGCGGGAGGGCGCAUUCUACACCUGGACAAGGAGGGAGUUCGACCAGGUGGUCGGCGGCGGGUCCAGCGACGACCACGCGAGUACGGUCGCUGCGGCAUACUGGGAUGUGCAGGAGGAUGGGAACGUGCCGCAGGAUCAGGACCCCUUCGAUGAGUUCAUCAACCAAAAUAUCCUAUCAGUCAAGGCGGAUGCCACUGAACUGUCCAAGCAGUUCGGUGUCCCGCCGGCGGAAAUCAAACACCUUGUCUCGACUGCGCGCGAAAAGCUGCGCGCGCACCGGGAGAAGGAGAGGGUGCGGCCGGUACGGGACGAGAAAGUCGUGGUUGGUGCCAAUGGCAUCGUUAUCGCCGCGCUAGCGAGGACCGCGGCCGCCAUCCGCGGGCUUGAUGCCGAGAGAGCGGACAGAUACCUACAAGCUGCUCGGGACGCUGCUACGUUUAUCAAGAAGAAUCUAUGGGCGGGGCCGAAGACCAAGACCGGCAACCCCUUGCGUCGCUUCUUCUGGGAACGUCCAAGUCAAGUACUCGCCUUCGCAGAUGACUACGCCUUCCUGAUCGAUGGCCUCCUGGAUCUCUACACAGCGACCUUUGAACAGGAGUGGCUGGACUGGGCGAAACAAUUACAGGACACCCAAACCGCUCUUUUUUACGACGCACCCCUCUCCAAAUCUUCGUCCAUCACCACCACCCCCACACACUCCCCGCGGAACGCCCACUCCGGCGGCUUCUACUCAACCGAAUCAGCAACCCUCAGCCCGACCAUCCUCCGCCUGAAGAGCGGCAUGGACAAGGCGCACCCCUCGACCAACGCUGUGUCGGCGUCGAACCUGUUCCGGCUCGGCACGCUCUUGGACACGGAACCGUAUGUGCUACAGGCCCGCGAGACGGUCAACGCGUUCGAGGCCGAGAUCCUCCAGUACCCCUGGCUGUUCGUCAGCCUGCUGACGGGCGUUGUCACGGCGCGGCUGGGGGUGAGGAAGUUGGAGGUGCGCAAGGAGGAUGCGGACGCGUUGCGGAAGUGGUAUACCACGCCGAGGGCGGAAGCCGCUGCGUUGGUGCUUAUUGGAGACAAGGGGAAAGAUACGACUACUGCGGAAGGGCUGGUGAAGAAAGUGGAGGAGUUGGUGGUUGGAGAGCGCUCGUGAUCGAGCGGAUUUAUAUAGGGAGAGUUGUGCAUUGUUGAGGCUUGCGUCGGUGUCCAUUUUUUGAGGACCGGGUAUGUACUA